UUUCGCCGAGAAUGCUGGAGCUGCAAUAUGGGCUGCUGCCCUUACCAAUUUGAACAAGGUUUUCUAUCAUAUGAUUUCCUGUCCUAUUUUGCUUUGUUUGCAGGUAUGGUACUAAUUUUGACAGUAGCUGCCGCCGGAUGUGUUUCUGGAAUUCGUAGAACCGAAAACAAACCGCUGCGCGCACGCUUCCCUUGACUUUCAGAUGUCGGGAGUUUUUCCGGGACUUUUCCUGCACCAACCCUCACUCCGCCACCCCUCUGCUACAAAACUACAUCCGGAUCGCUUGUUCGCGGCUGCUCGCUGGUGGGUAGGGGGCCUGGUGACUCCGGCGUCGGGGGCGGGUUCGCGUGGUCCCGGUUUCGCGGUACAACCUUCAUUUCAGG